AUGCAUCCAGAUGAUGCCCGUGAAGCUGUUAAACAUGUCGUACAAGGAAUUAUUGUUUCGAAUCAUGGUGGUCAACAAUUGGAUAUAUGUCAAAGUACCAUUGAUGCUUUACCAGAUAUCAUGGAUGCUAUUAUUGGUGAACUUCAUCAAAUCGAUGUUUAUGUUGAUGGUGGUGUACGACGGGGAACAGAUAUUUUGAAUGCUGUGGCAUUGGGUAUAAAAGCAGUGUUUAUUGGAAGAUCAGUGUUAUGGGGUUUAGCAGUAGACGGAAUGCAAGAUGUUCGCAAUGUGUUGGAUAUAUCGAAAAAAUAA